AUGCUGUUCUGCGAAUCGUUUGAAACCACCACAACUGCAAAUGAUAUUUACAUCAAAAUCAAACAUUAUUUGGAUGCAAACAAAAUACCAAAGGAAAACUUACUGGCAUGUGCGGCAGACGGUGCACCUGCCAUGAUGGGCAAGAAUACGGGAUGCUUAAAAAUGAUGAAGGAUGAAAAUCCAAACAUGUUGACUGUCCAUUGUGUAAUACACCGAGAAAACUUGGUUGCCAAGAAAUUGUCCCCUGUUCUUAACAAGAUUCUUCAAAGUGUGAUCAAGUGUGUCAACAGCAUUAAAAGAAAUUCUAAAUCUGAACGUCUUUUUAAGCAGUUUUGUAUAAAUCAAAGUGCCGAACAUGUUCGAUUAUUGCUUCAUACAGAAGUAAGAUGGCUAUCAAGUGGAAACUGCUUAAAGGGGUUCAUGGAAUUAUUUGAUCAGAUUAACGACUUUCUUAGUGAUAAAUGUGAAAUGAAAUUGCUGUCAACAACGGAUGGAAAAGCAUUUGUCAGUUAUUUGACAGACAUAUUUGAGAAACUUGGAAACUUGAAUAAACAACUUCAAGGUGCAAACAUGACACUUAUUGAUGCAAAAGCAAAGAUUUUUGGAUUUAUUACAGCUCUCGAAUUAUGGAAAAAGAAAUUUUCCAAAAGAAAUUUCAGUGAACUUUACUGGUUGAGUAAAUGUGAAAUAACGAAUGAUGCUGGCAUUGUAAUUAUUGAUCAUUUAAAUAUCUUGAUAAAGGAUUUCAAUGACAGAUUUUGCGAUUUAAAGGCAAUGAAUUUUCCUUCUUGGUUAACUCAACCGCUUCUGAUUAACGUUUCUGAUGCUACAAUCCAAUACCAAGAAGAGUUAUCAGAAUUACAACAUGAUGAAUCAGUGAAGACUUUGUUUAAAUUGAAAGGUACAAAGAUGUGGCUAUAUGACGAGGUUGAAAGAAAAUAUCCUAAAAUUUCUACAUCAGCGAGAGAGCUACUGAUUCCUUUCCCUUCGUCUUAUUUGGUCGAAUGUGGUUUUAGUGCAGUUGAUAAUUUGCUCGAAGCCAAGAGAAACCGGCUUGAGAUUACAAAACGUGGCGAUUUACGACUGAAAUUAACAAAGUUGUCUCCUCAAAUUAAAAACUUGUGCUGUAUGCAUCAGGCACAGGGUUCUCACUAA